CUUCUCCAGUCUUCGGGUUGUAAGUGAAAUUGUUAUGGAAUUUAAUCACUAGGUUACAUUUUUUAUUCUUUUCGAUGAGUUUGUAAGAAAGCAGUGGUUUUUAUAAGGCUGAUACAAAUACUGUUAUAUAAUCAACCUUCUGACUAGAAACUGAAGGACCACAAUAGCCAUGUUGUUGGCAGAAAUAGGAGGUGUGCUUAUGGGUUUCAUCCUAUACAUCUCAGGGGUUAAUGGAAAAGUAAACAUCAUUUGUGCCUUAAAAGGUUCAGCAGUGAAUCUGUCCUGCUCAGCUGAACAUCCCAAUUCAGGCAACAAAUGGUACACUGUACACUGGAAUGGAUCCAAAUAUGUCCAGAAUGAGCUCUCUGCUGAUGGACGUCAUGUAAUGUACAAUGUAUCUGAAAAAAGUCAACUCACUCUAACAAUCAAUGAUCUAAGAGAGAAUGAUACAGAUAAUUACUGCUGCAACACAAACGACACGACACACUGCAGGCUACGUGGCAUCAUACUCCAUGUUGCAGACCUGCAGGUAAAGGUGAUUCCCACCACAGAGGAACAGACAGUAUCACUGAUGUGUAACACCAGCUGUCCUCUGACUGAAAACCCUGCAGCCUAUAUCUGGUACAAGAACAGAGAGUUUCUCUAUCAGGACUGGUCUCCCUGGUACCAACAGCUGGUCAGCAGUGAGGAAGCAGUCACAUACUCCUGUGCUAUCAAAGGCUACGAGCAUCUCAGAGCCCCUGAAGUCUCAGUGGAUUCUGUCACAUCUACCUGCUUUACUGUGACCUAUGCUAAAGGGAGAAUGUGUUCUAAUAACCACACAUCAGUGGAUAAGCCCUGCUCCAUCACAUACCCCAGAGAAGUAAACAUUGAAAAGACUUCCACAUCAGUGUUAACACUGACCUGUGCCACCAGCUGUCCUCUGACUGAUAAUCAAACUGCCUAUAGGUGGUACCAGGAUAGAGAACUGUACAGACACAAUGAGGGACAACAGCUGUCAGUUCUCAAAACUUUUCACAGCUUCUCCUGUGCUGUAAAAGGUCUUGAGGAUCUACUGUCACCUGAAGUCUGUGUUUUGGAUAACAGCUGUUGGAGAGUGAAUUAUGUCAGCAGGAGAAUCUGUGCUCUGCGAAGCUCUUCAGUGAACAUUUCAAGUGAAUACUCCUAUCCUGACCACCUGCAGCCCCAGUUUAAAUUUUGGUAUAAAAUAAAGAGAGGUGACAAGGAAGCUGGUGAAAAAAAGAUGUCCGAGACUGUGGGUCGUGUGGAGUACCAUGACAACAAAAAUAAUCAUCACAUCCUGAGAAUCAAAAACGUGAGGAAGAAUGACUCUGCUGAAUACAUAUUCAGAAUCCAGAGAGCUGAUGGACGGAAACGGCCUGAUAAUCCUGGAGUGACUUUGAUUGUCACAGGUCUGAGAGUGAAGUUUACUCCUCCCACAGUGGUGACAGAGGGUCAGAGAGUCACACUGACCUGCAUCACCAGCUGUCCUCUUUCUGUUAACACAACCUACAACUGGUACCUAAACAGUCGACCUCUGACCCUGCUAAAGAGUCAAACCAAACACCUGAUUCUGGACCCAGUCAGCAGUCAGCAUGCAGGAGAAUACUCCUGUGCUGUUAAAACCCACAGCAUCAGCUCAUCUGGAAGGACUCUCACAGUCCAAAGUAUCAGAAGGGAACACAAAUCUGCAGCAGCUGCAGGAGUCUGUGCUGUUCUCCUGGUCAUCAUACCUCUAGUUGUCUUCUUUUGGAUUAGAAGAAAGAGGACUUCAAGACAGUCUCCUACAACUGAAGCAACAGAGAACACUGAGCAGCUAAACCUUGAUCCUGUGUAUGAAAACCUCUCAGCUCAACAAACACAGCAGGAUGACCUUCACUAUAGCCGAGUCCACUUCACUAAGACCAGGACAGAUCCUCUGUACACUACCAUCCGACCACAUCAGCCUAAAAAAGAGGACCAUACUGCUUAUGCUGUGGUCAACUUUAGAUCCAACAUGACUAGGGUCACGCAUUUCAGUAAGAUAAGUAUGAAGAAAGGAAUCCCCACUGUAGUUCUACAUGUGACCAAGAGUUUCGGACUCAUCCACUGAGUGGACCCUCUAUCUACUCAACUGUGUAUGGUCCACAUUAUGACACACUUACUUGCUUCGUGUGUACUUGUAAAUGAAAUUGUCUCAGAAGGGAACCACAAUGAUUAUCCUGUGCUCCACAGCCCCCAGUGGAUUUUAGUCUGGUGUUGCUGACAGACAUGACGGACAGAUUUAACUAAGAUCAACAGUGGGACUGUUGUCGACACGGUCAAUCUCUUUUGGACACAGCCUCAAAAUGAAGAUCUCACAAAUUUCCCUGUGUCAGAUUUAUGUAAACUAGCAGCUACAGUACGCAGCACUGCUCAAAACUCUUUGAGGACAGAUUCCAUGACUAACAAGUGAACAGGCCACAUAUUACGUCCUUCACUGACCCUGUCACCGCCAAAUCGUGAAGAUUUAAAGUUUUAUUAGUGGCAGAUGAAGCAGCAUCUCAAGGGAUGUCUGAACAGACUGAGUCUGCCUGGUCUACUGUACUGGUAACUGAUAACUGAUAACUGUGUCUUUGCUUCUGGUGUGCUUUCAGUUGUGUUACUUUCUGGUAUAUUUGCAGCGAGAAGUGUAAAGUGUAAACCGUUUUUGUAAAACUGACUUUGCUCUCUAAAACAUGUUCUAUCAUGCUUCUAUCAUGUAAUAAAGGAUCAUAGACACA